CAUACGUACAAACUGUCUCUCUCUCUCGAUAUCUCUUUCUGAUUCUCUCUUCGCUUCACCCAGCAGUUGCAGCGCUGCUCUCUGCAGCAGCCGCAGGGCCACCGCACCUAUACAUAUCCGCUGCUCUGUAUGUAUCUAUCGCGUACUCUAGCUGUAAAGAGAGAGAAAGAGAGAGAGAGAGAGGCUCGUAUAAAGUGUGAUUUGAUUUUUGUAAAGGAAAAGCAUUUUACUUUCCCCUGAGGUAGAGCGAGAAACAAAACUAACAAACGCUUUUCUCCUUUUUGCAAUGCGGUUGCGGUGUUUCCGGUAGCUAAGGUGCACGCUUAUAUGUAUGUAUGUGUGUACGAUGUAUGUGUGUUUUGUCUGUGAAUAUUCCGAGGUGUGUGCGGAUAUAUAGGAUUGGGAGGGGAUUGUUGAUUUCUUCGAUAAUUUUGCGGUGAAUCGUAGGGUUUAGAGAGAGGUGAGGAGGAUGAUGAUGAGCGGAUUAAUCGAUCUGAAUACUGUGAACAAUGACGACGUCAACGGCGGGGAAGAAACGGCGUCGCCGGAUAAUUCGGAUUUGACGGAGUCUUCUCCCCCGCCGGCGGCGGGGCUGUUGUGUAUGGAGCUCUGGCACGCCUGUGCGGGGCCGUUGAUUUCGUUGCCGAAGAAAGGAAGCGCCGUCGUGUAUCUACCGCAGGGCCACCUAGAGCACCUCUCCGACUACCCUGCCGUCGCGUAUAACCUCCCUCCUCACGUCUUUUGCCGCGUCGUCGACGUCAAGCUCCAUGCAGAGGUAGCUACUGAUGAGGUCUAUGCACAAGUGUCACUGGUUCCAGACAACCUGAUUGAGCAGAAAUGGAGAAAUGGUGAAGUUGAGGUAGAUAACGAGGAAGUGGAUACUGAAGGCGAUGGGAAAUCAAGCACGCCGCCACAUAUGUUUUGCAAGACUCUCACCGCUUCAGAUACCAGCACACACGGUGGUUUCUCUGUCCCUCGCCGAGCUGCUGAGGAUUGCUUUCCUCCUCUGGAUUAUAAACAACAGAGGCCCUCACAGGAGUUGGUAGCAAGGGAUCUUCACGGGAUCACAUGGAAAUUUCGUCACAUCUAUAGGGGGCAGCCACGGAGACAUUUACUUACCACGGGUUGGAGUGCAUUUGUGAAUAAGAAGAAACUCGUUUCAGGAGAUGCUGUGCUUUUCCUAAGGAGUGGGGACGGGGAACUUAGGCUUGGAAUCAGAAGAGCAGCUCAAGCUAAAUUCGGUUCUCCUUCUUCCGCUUUAGGUCCCUUCAGCCAACGGCUGAAUGUCAGUGGCAUAUUGGAUGUCGUUAACGCAAUAUCUACAAGAGGCAUUUUUAAUGUCUGCUACAACCCGAGAGAUAGCCUAUCAAAAUUCGUUGUACCUUAUCGCAAAUUCUCUAGAAGCCUUUUGCAUUCCUUUGCCCCCGGAGUGAGGUUUAAGUUGCAUUUUGAAACAGAAGAUGCUGCAGAAAGAAGGUACACUGGACUUGUAAUUGGGGUUGGUGAUGUGGACCCCGUUCGAUGGCCUGGUUCAAAAUGGAGAAGCUUAUUGGUGAGGUGGGACGAUCCAGAUGACACUAGACAUAACAGGGUUUCACCGUGGGAAAUUGAACCUACUGGAACAGUUACUGGACCGAUCAACGUGGUUGUACCUGCUGCAAAGAGGACUAGGAUGGAAGAUUUUCCGGUUCAUGGAGACAGGACAGUUGUAUUAGACAUCCGAAACCCUUCCAGAUUGCCGGUCUUGCAAGGUCAAGAAGUUUUUCCAGUAAAUAAACCUUACGAUGGCACUGAUAUCGAUCCUCAACGUGCAGUGUACUUCCCCGGUUUUGAUAGUUCUGGGAUUUCUACACGAGGCAGAAACAUUAGAGCUCUGCUUGGAGACGCGAGUAAAUCACAAGAAAGCAUUGGCGGCUUUGCUGAAUCUUGCCGGUUCAAUAAGGUCUUGCAAGGUCAAGAAACAUAUCUUAGCCCACCAUACAGGAGAGGCAUUCAUGCUACCAACCAGGCGCCCCAACCCCAUCGGUCCGGAAUCAUUGUUGGAAUUCAAGUGCCAAGCCACUCGACUAGAUGGUCUACACCGAUCGUCCCCAAUCACCACAGUCCAAUGCAGCUGCAGCAGCCAUCUUCCCCCCUCGUUCACAUGUCUUCCCCGCCUUCUGUGCUAAUGUUUCAGCAAGCAAGCUCUCCUGCUCCCUCAUUUCAUAAGCAAUCCGGGUUUUCACAUCUUCUCAGCCCCCAAUCCUCCUGCAGAAUCUUCGGUUUUCCCUUAUCCGAGGGAAGAAGCACUGCCUCGGGUAAAGAACGCGAUCCCUUCCACUCUCCACCUUCCCACGGUGAAACCACCACUCCUCUCAGUGGCAACGAGGCCCAGGUUCUCUUAAAGCCUCAGGCCAUUUCUAGUGCCAUGGGAAGCAGCUAUUCCAAAGCCUCAAGAGAAGUACUUCUUGAUAUAGCACUGUAAGGAUAUCAAUCUCUUCCAGAAAAUGGAGCAGAUCAUAUCAGUCUAACUUCGUUCAAAUCAAGUGAUUCUUCACAUUUUUUGUUGCCAGUAAUAUGCUUGCAAAUUGCAAUCUACAUUUAAUUAACAAGGAGUGAUUUUAUUUCUGUCAAUUGUUGUAUAAUCUCUCAAGAACGUACUAGAGCUCAUAUGAAGUCCAUCAUGAGUCUAGCUCAAUCUUCUCGACUUCAUAUUUAAGCAACUCAAAUUCCUAACUCUCCGAGUUUAAUACUUUUGAAGUGAAGUGAAAAUGCAAUUUUAAAAA